ACGCAUUAUUACACAUUAAGUACUUAAGAUAAACAUAUACCAAAACUAAUUCGAUAAAUGCAGUAACUUCAAUUAAAGUGAGAAGCACUAGCAACUUCUGGUAAGAUCUUUGUGACGAUGUUGUACGUUGCGGCAAUUCUUUUGCUGUUGAUAUACAUUAUGAACAAAAUACAAAACAUCAACAAUUAUUGGAAACGAAAAGGAGUCAAACAAUUACCUCCGUUACCCUUACUUGGAAAUACCGGGACGACAUUAUUUCAAAAAACCUCCCCGGUGGAUUUGUGGCAUCGCAUCUAUAACUCCUUUCCGAAUGAAAGAUAUUUCGGAGUCUACCAAUUCACCACUCCCACGCUGCUAAUAAAAGAUCUCAACCUCAUCAAGCGAAUAACAGUGAAAGAUUUUGACACAUUUCCCGAGCACGCGAGCGUUGUGCCUGAAGACGCCGAUCCAUUCUUUGCACGAAACAUUUUGUUUAUGAAAGGGGGGCAAAAAUGGCAACGGCUAAAGUCGCUGCUCAGCCCAGCCUUUACCAGUUACAAGCUGAAAACGAUGUACCCUCUGAUGGUCUCGUGCGCCGAGCAAUUAGUAAGGCACUACGAAAUGAGCAGUGACGAUGUAAUUACUUUGGAAAUGAAAGAAACAUUCUCCAAGUAUGCCUCCGAUAUUAUUGGGACUACGGCCUUCGGUCUUGAGUGUAACACAUUCAGUAACCCCGAUAACAUUUUUUACAAAAUGGGCCAAGAUUCUAUUGCAAUGAGGUUUUCCUCUCUACUUAAAAUAAUUGGCUACGGUGCAAUUCCGGCCGUAAUGAAAUUUCUAGGUAUCGCAUUUUUGCCGAGGCACGUAAGCGAUUUUUUUCGUAAAAUCGUACUGGAAGCCAUGCAACAACGCGCCAAACAAGACCUGCAAAGACCAGACGUGCUCAACCUGCUGCUGGAAGCCAGAAAGGGUCGCCUUAAGUAUGAAGAUGUUGAUGAGACCGAUACAAGUUUUGCGACAGUUCAAGAGUCCGAACUUGGUAAAGUUCAGAAGUUUAAGUCGUCGGAUAUUAGCGACGACGAUUUGAUAGCGCAGGCCGUAAUUUUCUUUUUGGCCGGUUUUGAUACCAGUUCGACGGCGUUGACAUUUGCCGCGUAUGAGUUAGCGAUUAAUCCGGACGUGCAGCGAAGGCUCCAGGAGGAAGUGGAUGCCGCUGUGGAGGACUGCGGUGGUUUUGUUACGUACGACACUUUAAUUAGCAUGAGCUAUAUGGAUUUGGUUGUUACAGAAACCUUGCGGAUGUGGCCACCACUUACAUUUACCGAUCGAAGGGCAGUAAAGCCAUUCACUAUCGAGCCAGAGGAAUCCGACCAAGGUACUGUAUGUUUCGACUCGGGAACCAUUUGCGUGAUACCCGUACAUGCCAUCCACAUGGAUCAACGUUAUUAUCCGAAUCCAAAGAAGUUUGAUCCGGACAGGUUUAGUGCGGUUAAUAAACAGACUUUAACACCUUUUGCCUACCUUCCAUUUGGAGCUGGGCCUAAAGGAUGCAUAGGUACUCGAUUUGCUCUGUUGGAAGUUAAGUUGGUACUUUGUGCGAUAUUGAACAAAUUUGAUAUUAUUCCCGUGCCUGAAACAAAAAUACCCGUAGUCACGAAGAGGCGCAGUUUGUUCCUGGGCGCAGAAGGUGGAAUGUGGCUGGGGUUGAAAAAACGGGAUAAAUUGUAGGAGGUUUCUUCAAAACCGUGCUUGGUUACUAUAACUUUUGCAAGUGGGCGUGUUUUAAACUACAAUUCCAAAUUACUACAAAUAAAAGUAAAAUUGAUGUGAAAAGUUAACUUCGUUACUGUGUGUUCCGUUGCUCUUUGUAUUCGACCUUCUACUGUAGGCAAAUUACAAAAAGGAAAUACCAAAAAUAGAAGGCAUAGGUAAGCAGUAUAGUGAUGGGCCGCUUAAGAUCUCUGUUAGUGGCAUUAAUAGUGUUUUUGUAAGAUAUUUACUUUCCAAAAUAGUUAUCUACAUUAACGGAUAGAACAAUUUUUAUAGAUUUGAUUGAUUUACAGAUUGAUCCUAUCAUUUAUUGUUUGUUUAUAAAAAUUUGAUUAAUUUAUAAAGAUGUCAAAAUAUACAGUUAUUACAGUUCUAGAACAA